AUGCCCAAAGCUGUUGGUUUUGUCAAGAAGGUUGUAAUACCAAAGAAACCUCUAGAUGUUUUACUUCCAUUUUAUGAUUCAGACGAAACCACUGUAGAGAAAGUCCUGAAAGAAGAUGAGAAUCUUUUAUAUGUAACGUUUCUUGCAGGCUUAGAGGCGUCUCUUCGCAAAAAAGAUAUUUAUUUAUACAAGAAUGGUGAAAUUUGCUACCAAAAAUACCUAAAGAGAAAGCGGCGAGUCAUAGACGAUGAUAGUGAUUAUGACGCUGAUCGUGAUGCGAGUGAGCUAGGUGGUUCUUAUGCUAAACAUCAAUCUACCAAGUCUCUUCGAAAUUCAUCAAGCAAUGUACGAGGUUUUUCCCUCCAACGAUUGAGUAGUCAGGAUACCGACCUUUAUGCAUCCUCGCCUCCCAAAACGGAAAAGAGCUCCAGUAGCCGUGGGAGUUCUCGCCAAUCUUCACCUCGCUCCACUAACAGAUCGAAAUUAGAUUUAUUUCAGGAAUCCUCUUCAGAUGAAGGAGCUGACCUUUCUUUGCAAUUGUUCAAUUCUUCAGACGAAGGCGUACCAGCUCUGAAGCAGACCACGGUAAAGCCAAAACCUUUGAUUUUGACUGCCCUUGCUAAGUUCACGCAUACUUCAAUGUGUGUCAAAUGCCAUGAGCAUGAGGGUAAAAACGCUGAUCGAAAGUUUAUUUAUUGUAAAACAUGUACGAAUACCUUUCAUUUGAAAUGUUCAGGAAUGUCUGCCUUGAAUAAAAUUCAUCAAGCUGAAAUUGCUGUCGAGGGUUAUUCUUGCUCCUCUUGUUCAAAGCCCUCUUCUCAUUUACUUUUAAAUAAUUGCAUUUUGUCGGGCUAUGGCUUGGAUGACACUUUGGAUAUUCCAUCCACUUUUUGUUCUGCAGAUCAUAAUUUUCGCUUAAUAUCCUACACCAAAAAUGUUAGAUUUCGUUGUUGGCGUUGCAGAAGAGUGUUAUACUUUUUCUACUAUGAUGAGAACCCCAAUACAUUUGCAUCAUCAAUUCAAAGUUUAUUAGAACGACGGUUAUGUGAUGAAUGCCUCUCUUACCCUGAAGAUGUUGAUGAGGUGCUUGCAUGGCGUCUCCUAUUACCCAUUUCUUUAUUAAACAAUAAACCCGUAAAAAAUCCUUUAUCCCUAGAUCGCCCGGGAAUUUGGUCCAGGGAAUAUUAUGUUCGACCCAAGAACCACUCAUAUCUUCAUUGUUUUUGGUGCUCUGCCUCUUGGUUAGCAGGCGUCUCAAAUGCAAAAAAGCGAAACUUUGAUUCUCGGGAAACAGAUCCUUAUAACGGAUCUACUGAUCUUAUACCUCCUUCUUAUACAAUGAUUGACAAGGUUUGGGAUGUGCAAUACAAAAGUCCUCGAACUUUUAAAUCCAAAGAAAAGCAAAUCCAGGCAUUUGCAAAAGUGGAAAAAGCUUAUGUCUCAUGGCGUGCAUUGCCUUACUCAAUGUCUACAUGGGAAUCUGUUUCUGAUAUAAAUACUCCUGAGCAAUGGAAGGCUUGGAAAGAUGGCUAUCUCGAAUAUGUUAGAAUUUGUUGGAUAGAGAAGUCUACAAAAUCCGGUUUGAUUGGCAAUCAUAAUUUUAAUCAGCUUGAGUUAAGUGAGCAACCGUCCUAUAUCACUGGGGGAAAGCUUAUGUCAUACCAAUUACAAGGUGUAAAUUGGUUGUACUAUCAAUGGUUUCAGCGACAGCACUGCGUUUUGGCUGACGAAAUGGGUUUAGGUAAAACCAUACAGGUUAUAUCCUUUGUCAGUGUUUUGUAUCACAGACAUAAGUGCUUUCCCUUCCUUAUUGUCGUCCCCCAUGCAACUGUUGCCAACUGGGAACGUGAAUGUCGUAAAUGGGACCCAUCUUUGUUGGUUGCAGCAUUGGUUGGAUCUGAAGGAAAUAGAGAAAUCGUUCGUAACAACAGGAUUUACAGAAAUGAUAAAACAAAAGGUAUAGGAACACAUAUUCUUAUAAUAAGCACCAGUUCUAUUGAUAGCGAAAUUGGUCUAUUGAGGAAGUUUCAUUGGCAAUGUAUGAUUAUUGAUGAAGGGCAAAGAUUAAAGAGCGAUCAAUCUUGUUUGUUUAAUGAACUUAUUUCAAUAGAUGCUAGUCUUAAAGUUUUACUUACUGGUACACCUUUGCAAAAUAAUAUCAGGGAGCUAUUCAAUCUGUUACAAUUCCUGAAUCCGAAGAAAAUUGAUGCUUCUGAGUUAGAAAAACAAUAUCAAGAUAUUAACGAAGAAAAGGUUAAAGAACUUCACCAAAUGUUGAAACCUUUCUUUCUUCGAAGGGUUAAAGAAGAAGUUUUAGACAAACUUCCUCCGAAGGUGGAAGCGAUUAUACCUCUUACAAUGACUCCUCUUCAGAGAAGACUUUAUAAGUUAAUCGUCUCGAAAAACGUUAAUCUAAUUCGAAACAUCGUUUCUAGGAGCAACACAAAAUCGAACAGCAACAACUCACGUGCUUCUUUAAGUAAUAUUUUAAUGCAACUACGAAAAACCUUAGCUCAUCCAUACAUUUAUUCACCUGACGUUGAAGGAAAAGAUGUUCCAGAAGAACUAAGCAUGCGUUCUCUUGAAGAAGCUAGUGCUAAAAUGCUUCUGCUUCGGUUAUUACUUCCAAAACUUAUCAUGCGUGGUCGCAGAAUCCUUAUUUUUUCACAAUUUAUUCAGGAGUUAGAUAUACUUGAAGAUUGGAUGGAUUAUAAAGGUAUAGCGUAUUCUAGAUUUGAUGGUACGACAACAGAACAUGAAAGACAGGUAGAGAUUGAUUCAUUUAAUGCUCCAACUUCGGGGAAAAGCUGUUUUCUGUUAUCCACCAGAGCUGGUGGUGUCGGAAUCAAUCUUGCUACGGCGGACACAGUUAUAAUCUUGGACCCUGACUUUAAUCCUCAUCAAGAUAUGCAGGCUAUAGCAAGAGCUCACCGCUAUGGUCAAACCAAGAAAGUUUUUGUCUUUAGUUUAGUUAUUAGAAACUCAGCUGAAGAAAAGAUCUUACAAACAGCACAGAAAAAGAUGCUACUGGAUCAAAUUAUCGUGCAAUCAAUGGGAGAGACCAAUGAACCAGUCAUUGACCUUCACGAAAUUCUACAACACGGCGUGCGAGCACUUUUUGAAGAGAAUGAUGACAUUGAUACUAUACGUUACGAUGAAAAUACUGUGGAAAAUUUGAUCACUGACGCGGAACAGAAGGACGUUUCUUCUACUAAUAAAGAACCAGGAAGUACUAAGAAUGCUUUCGCUUUUGCUCGUGUUUGGGUAAACAAUAGGGAAAACACCACGGUUCCGGAAGUGGAUACUAUGGAAACAGGUGAUGAUAAGAAACCUGAUGAUGAUAUUUGGCUUGAUAUUCUCAAACAACGGGAACGGAUCACUCAGGAAAGUUCACUUUCUGAUACCGACGGUCGGAAACUUAGACGACGUAAUACAGUCAUGUAUGAUGAAGGUGGUUUUAUGAAUAGUUCGGAUGAAGAAUAUAAUACAAGUUACGCCUCAUCACGUGAAUCUACUUCAUCUGAUAUACUGGUGACUAAUCCAGUACAAGCUGAAGAACAGAUGAUUAACAAUCAUGAUAACCCAUCUUCAUCUAUUAUCAAAUUUGAUCAGCCAGAUUUAACUCCUGAAAACUUCUUUGAUGAAUGGAACAGGAUGAGAGCUUUAAUAGCCACAUAUCCUUUUUACGAUAAGUCUGACCCUAAAUCAUACACAUUUCUGAAUACUGCUUCUAGUUUUGCGGCUGCUAAUAACCAUAAUAUAGGCGGUACUUGGAAGCCUCUACCUAUAAGAAGUGCUGAAAAUGCUGACGAUUCCGCCAGCAAUAAAAGCUUGCUAAUUGCUAAUAGCAUCCCGAAAGCUGUAUUUGACAGAUAUUUAGCUGUUUCUCUCGACGAUAAUAAUGGUAUUUGCAAAUGCUGUGGGAUAAAACAUGUUCCAGGCCGGUGUCCCUUAAAUAGAGUACCCCUAGAGAUUUGCUUCCUUUGCGGCACUCCUCACUUUAGCAACAAGGAAGCUUGUCCCUUACUUAAAGACAAGAGAGCUGUCAAUGUUUUAAGAUUUCUGCUAGCGUACUCUCGAGAGCCUAUAAUAACAAGGAUACUGGCUCUUAAAAGGCUGAACAACUAUCUAUAUGAAACAAACAAGUAG